CGCGCAGCCUGCGCGGUCUCCUUGCGCUCUCCGAGUCGGGUCGGGGCACCGCGUCUUUCGGGGUAGCCGGGCUGCUGGAGCUCCGCGGCGCGGCCAGGCUGGUGACCGCAGGGGCCUGAGGAUGAAGUGGGGCCCACAGCUCUGGCCCCUGUCCUGCCUCCUUGUGCUGCUGCCCUGGCCUCUGGUCACUUCAACACCAACAAUCCCUUGGCAGUGCCCACCUGGGGAGGAGCCUGAUCUGGACCAAGGGCAGGCCAUAUCCUGCAGGCCUUGCCCCCUAGGCACCUUCUCAGCCUCAUGGGGCUCUAGCCGAUGCCAACCCCACUCCCUCUGCGGCCCUCGAGGGAGGCUGAAGGCCCAGGUGGGCACAGAGACUCAAGACACACUCUGUGGAGACUGCCAGCCAGGGUGGUUUGCCCCUUCAGAAGUCCCCCAUGCCCCCUGUCAGCCAUGCCCCUGGACACCUCUGGGCACUCAAGCCUGUCACGGGCAGGGGCGCCGGGCCCGCCGUGGCGUGGAAGUGGCCGCAGGGGCCGGCGGCAGCGAGGAGAUGCAGCAGCCUGGGAACGGCACACGGGCGGGCAGCCCCGAGGAGACGGCCGCCCAGUACGCCGUCAUCGCCAUCGUGCCCAUCUUCUGCCUCAUGGGGCUGCUGGGCAUCCUGCUGUGUAACCUGCUCAAGCGGAAGGGCUACCACUGCACGGCCCACAAGGAAGUCGGGCCUGGCCCUGAAGGUGGUGGCAGCGGGAUCAACCCAGCCUAUUUAGCUGAGGACGCCAAUGAGGACACCAUCGGGGUCCUGGUGCGUCUGAUCACAGAGAAGAAAGAGAAUGCAGCGGCCCUGGAGGAGCUGCUAAAGGACUAUCACAGCAAACAGCUGGCGCAGACAAGCCAGAGGCCUGUGCCCAGGCUGCCGCCGGGCACCCCCAGCAUGCCGCACAUCUGCCCACAUCGCCACCAUCUCCACACCGUGCAGGGCCUCGCUUCACUCUCUGGCCCCUGUUGCUCCCGUUGUAGCCAGAAGAAGUGGCCUGAGGUGCUGCUGUCCCCCGAGGCUGCAGCUGCCACUGCUCCUCCUCCCAGACUCCUGCCCAGCGUGGGCAGGGCCCCCAAGGCUGGAGCCAAGGCAGGACGCCAGAGCGAGAUCACCAUCUUAUCUGUGGGCAGGUUCCGCGUGGCCCGGAUUCCUGAGCAGCGGACAAGCUUACUAGCACCAGAGGUGAAGACCAUCACAGAGGGCGGGCCCUCGGGGGGCAAUCUCCCUGACUCCCCGCAACCCGGACUCCCCACUGAGCAGCUGGCACUGCUGGGGAGUGGUGGAAGCCACACAAAAUGGCUGAAGCCUGUAGCGGAGAACAAGGCUGAGGAGAACCACUAUGUGGUCCGACUGAGUGAGAGCAGCCUGGUCAUCUGAGGAGCUGUCAUACCGGAGGACAAUGCAGCCCUGCCCUGGGAGCUUCUGGAGGCUUCCUGGAGGAGGUAGAGUUGCAGCUGAGCCUGUGAGGACCAAGAAGCAAUGGCCCAGCAGACAGAAGAGCCAAAAGUCAAAGCCUGGAGGUGGGACUGUCCGCCCCAGGGAGCAGGCAGGGCGGGUGCUGUGUGCAGGAGCAGGUUGAGACUCCUCCCAACCCCCCCAAUCCCUGCUGCCCCCAUUCCUCCCCUGCAGGACGCCCACGACCCUGCACCCUGCCCUAGCCAGAUCCUUGGGGCCCAAGGGAUCCUCUACACACCCAGAUGGCUAGGCCCUGAUGGUAGAGGGCCUCCUGCCUGGCACCCCCAGUACCCUACACCUUGGUAAUUAGGCAGCCCCUCCCUCUGCACAGGGCCUCAAGCGGAUGUCAUCUGUACCCUCCUGCUCCGGCAGGUCCCAUGGGAAAGGGCAACACAGGCUAACUUCCUGGGUUCCAAUCCUGGCAAGUCCCUGGCAUCACUGGAUCCCAGUUUCUCUGACUGAAGUGGAGAGGGGAGGACGUCUCCGUACCUGUGGCCUCUCCAGCUUCUUGUAGGCUCUGGCAGGGUUGUUUUGGGAAGUGUUUGACCCCCUUGCCACAGUCUCAUUAGAAGAAGCUUUAACUGGCUUUUUUUUUUUUUUUUUUUGCUGCUUCUAGAGCCUCCACUUGCAAUUCAAAGCCCCCAUGGGGUUGCCCAUCCACAGCCUAAGGAGGGGCUCAAUGCAUGUGCCUGCCCCUCCUCCCCCCACUCUGCCAUUUUCAUUGACACUGAACAAAACAGACUUAAUCUGGGCAGUGCUCUGGCUCAGCCUGCCCACCACCACCAAGAUCUCUGGCCCUUCCAGAGAGGGCUGUGCAACAGGGCUGGAGAGGCACCGUCCCCGUGGUGUUCCUGUGUCUGUCCCCAGGGCCGGACAGCGCAGGCGACUGUCCUGCCCAGCCCCCAUCUCCAUUCUAGUUCAGCGACCUGUUAUUUAUGUUGGGACUGUGCAGGCACGAGCCCCACCACCAUCCCCAUUUCUCUUAUUUAUUGAAACUUUGCUGUUGUCUUAUUCUUGCAUCUUCAUCCCCAUCUGUUAAGUAA